AUGCGGUUCGAGCGGGUGACGAUGGGUGUCGCCUGCAGCCCGUUCUUAAUGAACGCCACCAUCAGGUAUCACCUGUCGCUGUACCCAGAGAGUCCGGUCGUCACCGAACUGAAAGAGUCGCUGUAUGUUGAUGACCUGCUGUCAGGCUCGGAUACAGAACAGGGUGCUGUGGAGAUGUUCCAGGAGGCUCAUGAGAUUAUGAGAGCGGCUGGGAUGGAGUUGUCCAAGUGCAACAGCAACUCAUCUGUGCUGGCCGAAAAGUGUCAAAAGGGACAUGUGACUACAGAAAGUGUGAUGAAGGUUCUUGGGGUGACCUGGUGUAAGGAGGAGGAUGUUUUCUCUUUCACAGGAGACGAGCUGCCUGCUGGCAUAGUGCCAACGAAGCGUGUGGUCCUCAGCAUGAUGGCGCGGAUCUUCGAUCCAGUAGGAUUUUUGACGCCAUUUAGUGUGGUCGCUAAAUGCCUGUUUCAGGAGCUGUGGGAGCUCCAGCUGGAGUGGGACGAUGAGCUGCCGCCUGACUAUGCAGAGGUGUUCACCAGGUGGUUGGACGGUUGUCGGAUUUUGAAGAACAUGAAGGUCCCACGAUGUUUCACAGUGCACUCUGUUUCAGACUGGUCAGCUGCACCGUCUCUCGAGCUGUGUGUAUUUGCUGAUGCAUCCCCAAAGGCGUAUGGUGCAUGUGUGUACAUCCGUAUCAAACAGCCUGAUGACUCGUACAGCGUCUCCUUCGUCAUGUCGAAGGGGAGGGUGGCCCCCCUGCGUCAGCGGCUCACGAUGCCGCGCUUGGAGCUCUCGGCCUGUGUGCUGGCGGCUCAACUGGUGCAGUUUGUUCGUACGGCACUGCACUUGCCUGCUGACACACCGUACAGGUGCUGGAGUGACUCCAUGAUUGCUCUGGGAUGGCUACGUGGUAACCCGAGCAGGUGGAAGCAGUUUGUGUCCAACCGGGUCAGCGAGAUCCAACGGCUUACUGACACAAAGAACUGGUUGCACUGCAGGUCAGCCGAAAAUCCGGCGGAUCUCAUGACACGCGGCCUGUUAGCAGAGGAUCUGGUGGCAUCCCCUGUGUGGAUCAGCGGACCCGACUGGUUGAGGGAGGCUGAUGGUGAUCCGAGCGUGACGCGAGAGCCGGAGGUUGGUCUGGAUAUGACCGAGAGCACUUCUGUCCCGCAGAGACCAGACGCAGAGCCGGGUUCGACUCCGGACCAGGGACAGGACCUUGACACUGAUGGUCAGCAAGAGGCUGAUUCUCUGGAUUCCCUACCAGAGUCAAUUGUUUGUGACAAUGUUGGUGUUUUCACGGCGGCGAGUGUAGCGGCGGGUAACACAUCCGAUUUUCUGCAGGUGGAGCGCUACAGUACGCUCAGCCGAGCAACCCGUGUCAUGGGCUGGAUCUUGAGAUUUGUUCACAACGUGAGACAAAGAUCGCAGCGCCGUCAGGGAGAUCUCUCAGCCGAGGAGUUCUCGACGGCUCGCGUGGAGCUGUUACGCUUGGUGCAGGCUGACAGUUACCCUGAAGAACUGAAACUGCUCAGGCAGGGCAGUCCGGUGCACCGAAGUUCCCAGAUUUACAGACUGACGCCGUUUCUCGGCUAUGACGGGCUGCUACGUGUGCGCGGCCGUUUGCAGUUGUCAGAGUUUUCCUACGAGGAAAAGCACCCGGUGAUUUUGCCAAAAGGUCACCUGGCCGUCCUGAUUGUUCGUGAGCAGCACCUGUGUAUGAAGCAUGCUGGUGUGUCAACUCUGAUAACUGCAGUGAGAUCAGAGUUCUGGAUCGUGGGUCUGCGCACCAUCGCACGACGGGUCGUGGGUACCUCCAGCAACCCGUGCAGUCAGGUGUAUGGCGGGUCGAGACCGUUCUCAGAGCCAGAAACAGACGCCGUCAAACAGUUUCUGCUCGCUCACACCGACUAG